UUUAUGCAUGUCCAUGCAUCCAUUGAGAUAGUGCGCGGGUGUAGCGGACCCCUAGUGCGAGUGAAUAUUAGGAAAUGUGUGCUUCUAUCACGUACUCUUAGAAUGGACCUUUGAAGAAGAAGGCGGACGAGGAAGCGAAUCCAGGUUGUUUGCUGGAAAGGUAUGACCGCACGCCGCCCUUGGCGAUGUUUGGAUGUGAUGGAAUGAGAGAAGACCGAAAAAUGCCUUUAAAGUGCGCUGAAAUGUACGAAAAAAAAAGAUGAAUGAAUAAUAACAAACACUGAAGACGAAGCAAAAGUAGCAGGGAAAAUAGUCAGGAAAAAAAGAAGUUUGAUCAAAGCUAACAUCCUGUGCUGGGCUGUGUAUAUGUUGAACCCACGAGUGAGUGACUCUCUCAUUGUGCAACAGUAUCACGGGCGGAUGUGUGAGUGCUAGCCUAGAUAUGUGUUGGUGUUGUUAGAAAAUUUCUGAAUCAAACAGCUCAAAAAGUGUGCUGGAACGUGCGCCGUGAAGACGAAGAAGAAAGGCUACCGAGAUUUUUUUUAUGAAUAAACUUCAGUGAGUGAUCUGCGCUGGUGUUAGUGUACCAUUCGAUUGAUUCAUGUAGCGAGGUGCUCAUACGCAUACAGUGUCAGUCAUUCGGAGAAGCAGCAGCAGCAGCAGUUUUGUGUACACACAUUCGCAGUACUAGUUAUGGAUUCAAUAUGGCUGACGACACACGCAAAGUCCGUGUUGAGGAACAAUUAAAGAUAAAAAUAGGCGAAGCGAAAAACCUCCUCGGUCGCAAUGGCAACAACUGCGGCGCCUCCUCAUCGGGCUCGAAGGAAAACCGCGACGCGUACUGCACGAUCGCACUGGACCAGGAGGAAAUCUGCCGGACGCCGACGAUCGAGCGGACGCUCAGUCCGUUCUUCGGCGAGGAGUACCAGUUCGAGAUUCCGCGCAGCUUCCGCUACCUGUCGGUGUACGUGUGGGACAGGGACCGGCAUCUAAAGCAGGACAAACCCUACGGAAAGAUUGCAAUCAAGCGGGAAGAUCUGCAUCAGUACAACCACAAGGAUCACUGGUUUCCGCUGAGACCCGUCGAUGAGGACUCGGAAGUGCAGGGCAUGGCUCACCUGGAGAUCUCCAUCGACGACGGCGUCGGCAAUCUAAAGCAGAACAACGAGUUUGACGAUUGUAGCAACUUCCAGUCGUCCAAUAAUAGCACUUCUUCGUUUGGAAGUGUGAUCAGCAGUAGCGGUAGUAGUGAUACGAAAGAGAAUUCCACCUCAUCCCAUCACCACCAUCACCUGCACCACCAUCCCCACCACCACCAUCAUCAUCAACAACAACAACAACAACAACAACAGCUACAUCAUCACAUGGUCAACAAUUCUGUGAAUAGUACAAAUUUAAAAUUAAGUUUUCCAUCCAAAAGUGGCGGAGGUGGCCACGGGACGCUAAAGACAAUCUUCGGUGGCAGCAGUGACUUUGGCAACAACGUACAGCAGCAACCAUUUCGAAACAUUCUCGACACCAGCAGCAGCUCCGGCCGAAGUUCGCGCAUCUCGAUCAAACUGACCGAGUGUAUGAACUUGGCUCGAAAAAAUGGCCUUUGUGAUCCGUACGCAAUACUAACUGCUCACUAUUCGAAUAAGAAGAAAAUUACGAAACGUACUAAGGUGAGAAAAAAGACGGUCAAUCCGGAGUUCGGAGAAGUAGUUAGCUUUGACCUGUGCGUGGACUCGUGUGCAAGUGACUCGAGAAGUGAUAGUAACAAUACCUACACGGUGGCACCCCUGGGGGGAGCGGACCUGUGUGAGGUUGUGAUAGCUUUUUGGCAUGACAGUCCCGGUAUGGGCGACGAUGUGUUUCUCGGUGAGAUCAAGCUUCCGGUGCGUGGGAAGCAGCAGUUGAACGCGGUGCAGCAAAGUGCGUGGUACUACCUACAACCCCGGACAAGCCAAUCGCGGCCGACGCGAACCUGUGCUACUCCUCCCGGAACCCGGCUCUCUUGUGAUAACUCGCUUGGUUCGCUUCGGCUCAAGCUUAACUAUACCGCCGAUCACGUGUUCCCCCUAGCAACCUACGAUCAACUCCUGAACAUCCUCAUUCAAUCCAUCGAUCAAAAACCCAUCACCGCCAGCGCCGUCCACAUCCUCGGUGAAAUCAUCCAGAAUAAAACCGAAGUCGCUCAACCGCUGGUCCGCCUGUUCACCUACACCAACCUGAUCGCUCCGAUGAUCAAAGCCCUGGCGGAUCACGAAAUCUCCAAACUCACCGAUCCAACGACCAUCUUCCGCGGCAACACGCUGGUCUCGAAAAUGAUGGACGAAGCGAUGCGACUGUCCGGGCUGCACUACCUGCACAACACCCUCCGGCCCAUAGUGGAGGAAAUCUUCUCCGAGAAGAAACCCUGCGAAAUCGAUCCGGCGCGGGUCAAGGACAAAAGCAUGAUCGACACCAACCUGAUCAACCUGCAGGAGUACGUCGAGAAGGUAUUCGAAGCGAUCACCAAGAGUGCGGUCAAGUGCCCUGCCGUGCUGUGUCAGAUCUUUCACGAUCUAAGGGAAUGUGCGGCCAAGUACUUUCCGCAGAACAAGGAGGUCCGGUAUUCGGUCGUGUCUGGGUUCAUUUUUCUGCGGUUUUUCGCGCCGGCCAUCCUGGGCCCGAAGCUGUUCGAUUUGACCACCGAACCAGUGGACGAACAAACCACCCGUACUCUGACCCUGAUCUCGAAAACGAUCCAAUCGCUGGGCAAUCUGGUCAGUUCCCGGUCGGCGCAGCAACCGUGCAAGGAGCAGUACACCGGCCAGCUGUACAAAAAGUUCUGCACCGAGAAGCACGUCGAUGCGAUCAAACACUUUCUGGAGGUGAUCUCCACCGUGGGUGCUAACAUUUGCGAUGACGAAUCGACGACGAUGCUGGAGGCGGUGGUGCUCAAGGAGGGGAUGAUGACCAAGCGGGCCCAAGGUCGGAAGCGUUUCGGUCGGCGGAACUUCAAGCAGCGCUACUUUCGGCUAACGACCCAAUCGCUCAGCUACGCCAAGGCAAAGGGAAAGAGACCGAUCUGUGAUAUACCGCUGGCAGAGAUUCUGGCCGUGGAGCGGCUCACCGAGCGGAGCUUCAAGAUGCAGAACAUCUUCCAGAUUGUUCGAAAGGAACGUCCACUCUACGUCCAGACGGCCAACUGCGUCGAGGAGAAGGAAUGGGUCGACCUGCUGAGUAAGAUCUGCCAGAGCAACAAAGCACGGUUGGAGCACUUUCAUCCCUGCGCCUACAUCAACGGCAUGUGGACCUGUUGCAGCGAAAACGACCAGUACGCAUCGGGCUGCACGGCCGUCUCACCGAAACCAUUCCAGAUGGAGCUGGCAACGGCUCUCGAUCCGGCACGGGAUCUCCAGCGGCUGCACUCGCUGAUCAUGGCCAAUUUUAACGGCCUGGAGGAGCUGGAUUCCACGUUGACGGCCGCCUGCGAGGAUCCGGGUGCCGCUCGGAAAACCAUCAAGAAGCUGAACGAAAUUGCCAACUCGCUCGAGCGGAUCCACCGGAAGUACAAGACGAUGCUGGUGCGGGAAAUGCGCUACGGCAGCCGGCAGGCCCCGAUCGGCGACGACAACUAUCUGCACACGUCCCGGAUGAUGGCGGCUGGUGGCGGCAACUUAGCCGCCACGGCAGCAGCCGCCGCCGCCGCUGCCUCUUCCAUCCUACCGUCGCAGCACUUUGACAAGUCACCAAAUCUGUUCCACCGCAACCACCCACUGCGGAGUUCGGAUAAUGAACGAUUCUCUCAGUGUUAAGUUUUACACUAUUCCUUACGUUUCGCUGUAUUUAGUAGGAAAAGUUAAUUUAUUUAUGUUUUUUAAAACCCUUUUUGUGUAUUUAACAACCUUUUAAAAUUUAGAAAAUUUAAAAACUUCGAGUUUAGGAAUAAAAGAAAACGGAAAACGCGCAGAAAAUUCACAAUCCUUCACCCCGCAUUGUGUUGUAAGCUUUAACAUCAACGUUAAUUUCUAAAAUAUUUAAUGCGUCACGCACAGGCAUUUCCUUUUACGUUACUCAACGUAUGUAAAGUUAAUUGUACAGAACCUCACCCGGAAACCCGACCAGCACCAUAUUGCAUUAUCUUAAUUUUGCACCCAUAUUAUAUCACUAUCAUUGCGAUUAACACACAGGAAUUCAGCGAACUAGCGAAGUAUUGUUUAGCAAAUGUACCAAACCGCGCAAUCUCAAACGACUGGAUCCUACGUUUAAAUGUUUAACUAAAGUAUAAAUCCUAAAAUAGGCCAAGAGAAAGAGAGAAAGAGGAAAAUAAAUUUCUUUGAGUGAAAGCAAUUGGAGUGUUUCCGAUCUGUUGCACAUGGGGCUUCCUCCACGAAAGUUCCAAAUGCGAAGAGGAGUUAUGCUUUGAUUUGAGGACGACGUCUUAGGUGUUAAAAUUCGUCACCCGUCGGUUCAAUAUUUGAGCCACGAGGCGAGCUAAAGUUUGAAAAGAAAAGUAUGAUUUUUUUUUUGGUUAUCAACUACUAUUACUACUAUUGCUUUCUACACUGUGGACACUAACUGAACUUAAAAGAGGAACAUUAUUUUGAUGAGAAGGAUUGCUGCUGAGUAUCGAAUGUCUCUAGUUUUUUUUAGCUGAUGAAUACAUUUAUAAAUAAAACAAAACCAGAUGCAAACAA